UUGUCAGGGAAAACUUCACACCAAGAAACAAUCAAGUGAUGUAGGGUCGUCGCUAUUUUCGUUAUUUCAGAAUUAUGGCUGAAUCAAAAAUCAGAUUAAAACCAUAUGCGAAAUUGCGUAUUCGUGUAUGCAAAGAACUGCAGACAGCAGACUUUGAUUUUAUAAAAUUGGCACUGCAGGAUGAAAUACCUGCCGGCGAAUUGGAGGAGAUUUCAAACCCUCAGAAGCUUUGGAAUGCCAUGAAAAAAAGGAACCUUAUUGAACCUAAUGACGUUGGUUUUCUCAAGGAAAUUAUGGAACACAUCGAUCGACUUGAUUUGGUAAAAGUCAUUGAAGAAUAUGAAGAGGAUCGUGCGCGGAACCCUGAAUUGCAAGCACCUGACAAGGACGCGAGAUAUCCAGAGCAAGUGGAAAGCCCUGGAGAAGAGACUGCUAAAAAAGAGGCUCUCCCACUACAUACAGCAUCGUCUGAUUCUCAGCUUCAGAAAAGUGCCAAGCCAUCAAACAGAUAUCAUUUGCUCCAUUCAGAGUCAUCUCCAGGCUUAUCAAAUGCCAAUCAACCAGUAAUAGGUAGCACAGGUGGACAAUCUCCUCUUUUAGAUGUCCAAGGAACAACUGGCAGUCAGCCAGGAACUCGUAACAUUGGUGCAAGCCCCCUUAGCCCUUUAAAUGGGAACACAAGCCUUACUUUCUCUAACCAUGUUGAGAGUAAAGAGACAUUUCCAAAACAGCGAGUUGGCUUCGAUGGAAAAGUUGUUAACUCGUCUGAUGGCGUUGGCAACUUUGAAAGACCCCAACUUCCAGCUUCUCUUGAUAGUCUGAGUUCACAAACUGCACGCAAGCCAGUGUAUGGUGAUAGCGAAGACUUAGAGGAAGAUUCUUCAUGUGGUGCUUCUACAGCUCAAGCAGUGUUCAUUGGUAGUGAACCAGUGGUAGAGGCAGCAGGUGAAAUGACAGAAAGAAAUGAAGGCAUAAUCAGACAGGCGUCUGUCCCUCUGGAGCAUCUUGUCCAAGAUGGUGUCCCAACAAAGAAGAAAUUUUCUUUGCGUAAAUAUCAGCGCGAGUUGGCCAACGAGGCCAUAGAAGGUACAAAUACCAUCAUCUGCGCCCCAACUGGAAGUGGCAAGACCCUGACUGCAGCAUAUAUCUCUCGCAUCAGAAGAAGCCAGGUGCUGAAAAAUGGCCAGAAAUUCAAAGCAGUUUUCAUCGUUUGUAUUCGAAAUCUAAUCCAGCAGCAAAAAGAUGCCUUUCAAACCAUUUUCCCGCCCCAGGAUAAAAUAGUUGGUGCCAUAAGUCAGACUUCGGACAAUUUGAAGACAUGUUUGUUGAACAAUGACAUUGUGAUGCUUACAGCACAGAUUCUCGUCAAUGAUAUCAAAGAAGGAGAUGUGAAAAUCACCGAUUUCGACCUAAUGAUAAUGGACGAGUGUCAUCACACAGAUUUGGAUCACCCAUACAACAUGAUAAUGAGGUUGUACAUGACGGAGAAAAAGAAUCGAGAGCAAAGAGGGGAGUCUACAGAGUGCCUUCCUCAGAUUAUUGGGCUUUCAGCCUCGCUGGGCACUGGAAAGGGGAACAAUCCUCUGCAGCAUUAUUAUCGGGUCUGCGCCAAUUUAGACUGCUUCACCAUCAGUCAUGUGAGGAACCCAGUGAAUGAAAAAGAGCUGCUUUGCAUUAACCCCAAACCCAAAACAGAUCAGAUCAAACUGGUACAGCCUCGUUCGUCUGAUAAUCCCUUCAUCUUAAUGGUAAAACAAAUGAUGGAAGCAAGUGAAAAGGAAGUCAGCUUUCCCAUGGAGUUGUCCAAGAAGUUUGAUAAGGGCAGUCAGGGGUACGAAAAUUGGGUCAUUGAAAAUAGAAAUGAAGCCGAGCGCCAAGCGCUUCAUACACCUGAAAUGCGUAAUACAGUCAUAACUUGUCGAUUUCUGAGAGAUCUGAAUUCUGCUCUUAUGUUGUACGAUGACCUGAGAGGAAAAGAUGCCCUGGAAUUCCUAACAAAAAAGAUACUGGAAAAUGAUGACCGCAGUAUUCACAGUGAGUCACCUGAGGUAGAAACAAAGUUAAAGGGAAGGUUUAUGAGCCAGUAUAGAAGACUGCAAUCCCAUUGUGAGGCAGAGUCUCCAACAUCAAAUAAAAUGCUGGAAGAGUUGUACAGGCUGCUAACUGAACAGUUUGAAAAAAAUCCAGAAUCUAGGGGAAUCGUUCUUAUAAGAACCAGAGAAGGUUGCUCUGCCUUGGAGAGGUGCAUUCAGGAAAACGUUGACCAGAGAUUGGUGCGUGUGGGGAGGAUGACGGGGCAGAGCGGAGACACCAGUAUGACCGAUGUCCAGCAGCAGAAAGUGAUCAAGGCCUUCAAAAAAGGUCUGGCUGAACCUGAUGGAAUAAACCUUCUUGUUGCCACAGAUGUCGCGCAGGAGGGUUUAGACAUCCCAAAAUGCAACUUGAUGAUUCGGUACAACUUUGUUAGCAACGAGAUUGGAUCGGUUCAGUCGAAAGGCCGUGCAAGGGCCAAGGAGAGCGAGUGCUAUCUCAUUGUGCCAGAUGGUUCAAUCAAUGCUGACAGAGAGUAUAAGAACAUGUCAAAGGAGCAUGCCAUGUUGGAGGCACUGAAAGACUUUGACAAACUGGACCCUGAGGAAGUGAGGAGAAAUAUUAAGGAGAAACAGAAUGAACUGUGGGGCAGACAUCUUCAAGCACAAGCCCAAAGUAGUGCAAGACAGUCAGAACUGGAAGGGUCAGGUGUUAAAGUUCUAUGUAAAGAAUGCAAAGCUUUUCUGUGCAGAGGAAAUUUUAUCAUUAAAAAGGGAGGUCACUAUAUAUGUGUAGAUCUAGACUUUCCAAAGAAGAUUAGAGAGGAAAAAAUAAGAAGAAGAGACUUUAGAACAGAUGCACAAGUUGGUGUGUCAAUUUGCAGACAGACUGUCACCUGUGGGCAGUCUUUUGGGCCUGUACUAGAAUACAAGCAAGGCUCACGUAGGAAAGGCUACACCCUCUCCAAGGACAAGAUUAUGCUGCUCUACCCAGGGAAGGAAGAGCCAGUACAAGUGAAGAAAUGGCCUUCGGUUUGUUUCAAUAUAGUUGAAGAAAGUGUCAGUGAUUAACUUAUAUUUUUACUAUAUUUCAGUUAUUACAGUAGUCCGUAUCUGGAGAGAGUAUUUAUAGACUAGUAUGGAGAAAGCUCACGUUUGCAUGCAUGCAUGCAUGAACACGCAUACACGCACUCGCACACAGCAAUUUUAUUCAGUGUAUGACAAGAAAAAGUUACUGUUACUGCAAAAAGUACCAAAGUUGUAGAUGUAUUGAACCAUCAAAAAAUGAAGACUGUAAUGUGUGUUUAGAAAUGUAAAAUUUGUCCUGUGAACCUGAAAAGAUCGAGGGUUAAAUAUGCAGUAGGCUUGGGAUGAAUUACAGAUCCAGCUAAGUUGCUUCCGCAUUUUUUAUUUAUUUAUUUUUAUAAUUAUUUUUAUUAAUUUUUUUUUUUUUUUUGAAAUUUUGAUCAUGGGUGAUUACCUAAUUCCCAAUGAAGCUAUCAUUCUACAAAGAUCAAUCCAAGUCAAGUCGGGGACUCUCGCUGAAUGCAGUCAGGUGAAUAGCAUGCCUCCUCAAGAAGCCAGAGGGUGAUUUACUUAAGUUUAUAUUUAGUUGCACUCAGUACAAAGUGAAAAGGCUUCCAGAUGCCGUAUGACUGCACUCAGCAAGAGUUCCCUUGACGUUUGAUCUAUGCAGAAUGAUAGUUUAAUGGAAACAUGCACUUAUUUAAUCACUGUCGUAAUGAGGUGAUUACUCUAAAAUUUUUUGAUCAUCAAAUUUUGUCGAGAUAUUACAUUUUCAGUUAUUCAUGAAAACUUAUCAAUGAAUGCACAAAUAAUGUUUGGCUUGCCUGUUGUCUGUUAAUGUUAACUUCUUAUUAUACAUCAUUAAGAAUACAAAAUUAUUAUUAUAAAUGAAUAGAUAUAAUCUUUGUGGUCAUUUUUACGAUUGAUUUUGGUUAACAGGGACAUAUCUGUAUUACAGUUGCAUAUAUCUUUUAUUUAUUUAAUAUCUGUUUUAAUGGAAAAGUUUAUCAAAACUAUAAAAAUGAUGAUACCUGUGAUGUUAUUCAGAUCUGUUCAUGUACCUAAAUGGCUGGCUGAUCUCUUCCUAUUCACUCCAUUUAUAUAACCUUAUCCAAAUAUAUAUAUAUAUAUAUAUAUAUAUAUAUAUAUAUAUAUAUAUAUAAAAUACUGGUGCAAUGCUGGUCAUUAAGAUGAACAUAUAUCAUAAAAAUGCUUUUAAAGUAUGACAUAUAUGAGCUAUUGAUCUUGAAGUUUGUUACUAUAUGUUAAAAAUUUUGUCUGAGCAAAUUUUGGCAAUUAGUAUAUGUAAUGAGAAUUUUGUGCUUCAUACCAGUUACGACUUUAAUAUUUAUGAUUUUAAAUAUUUAAAUUUCAUUGUACUUGCCUCUUAUUAUUUUGUGCCAAGGAUUUGAUCUCUGUACCCCUUUUCACAUCACUCAGUAUACUGGUACUUAAUUGAACUUACUAAAGAUUCUUUAAGCAAAGAUAUAUAUAUAUAUAUAUAUAUAUAUAUAUAUAUAUAUAUAUAUAUAUCUUUGUUUUUAGAAACUGACAACUUAGCCUGGAAACAGAGUCAUGUCAGCAGAGCCUGAACUCAACAUGGCCAGUAUUACCUAAACAGAAGGAAACACACUUGUAAAACACUGCGUUCCCAUAACCUUAUCCAACUAGCAGGAUUGAUUUACCUCGGCAUGAAUAUCUCGCUAAGGCACAGUCAAAGUAAUUAGCUAACUGUCUAGCACACCCCCUUGCAACAACAUCAUGGAAACAAUAAUCUCCUGACUUAAACAAAUACUAUAAAUAACUAUAGGACGUGCCAGAUGUUUAAGACGCUUAAACUGAAUGCAAUUUAGCAAGAAUCCCCAAAGAGUUAGAUCGACCCAGCUAGUAUGAUAGAGGUUGUUGGAACAGCCCCAUAGAGUGUAAAUGUAAAAAAAAAAAAAAAAAAAAAAAACUUUAGUAUAAUUAGAUUUAAGGCUCUCUUAAAGUUUACCUGUAUAGACUGUAUCACUAAAGCAUUCUGUUUGAUGUGAAAAGGACUUGUCAGUGUGUGAAUAUAAUGAAAUCAUAUCAAGGACAUAUAUAUCUGGUAUGUUAAUGACUUACCACUGUGCUAUUGGUGAGCAUUCACAUCGAGAAGAGCUGAGGUCUAGCAAGGCCGAGGCCUAAAU